AUGAGAAAAGGCGUCGCCGCCUGCCAAUGGAGAGAGUUAGCAGACAUCACGACGGAAGACAUAUUGGAUUUCAAGAAGGUGGAAGGUUGGGGUAUGGUUGGAGUUGGACAAAGGCAAUCUCAGUGCACCCAUGGUGUUCCGUAUGCACUUUGGAUCUUCAAGUUGAAACCUCAAAAAUGUCAGCUCAUUACCUUACCCACCAAUUGGUCAUCACAAGAAGACUGUCCACGACUCCAAACAUUAGAAGGUUGUACCCUAGCAUUCAAUCGACAAAACUUGCAUCUGCUCGUCACAUUCAACAAAAACACACAAAUUCGUUGGCGAUAUGCGAUGGCGAUGCGUGUAUUGGAUACUCCGCUGAUAACUAAUAUGCAUCUGCCGGAGCGGCAGACCAUAGAGUAUAGCCUGGAAGCUGUUGUCGAUGAAGAGUGGAGAAAUUUUGAGGCCGAGAUCGAAGGGAGUGGUGUCAACAGCAGUGACAGAGACGACAUGGAGGAAUAG